AAUAUUGUAAAUAGGUAGUCUCUUUUCUGAGACUCCCUUCUUUCCAUUAUUUUUUCUAUUGAUAUAAACAAUUGUGUCUCCUUUGCGCUCCUCUGACACCUUUUGUAAUUUAUGAUACGAAAAUUGCAGAGUUUUUCAUUCAUAUUUUGAUCGCGAGGAAAAACAUUGGCACUAUAUUUAGAUAAACGUACGCACCGGAAUAUACGACACGCGCCCUAGUCGCAUAUUUAUAAACAUAAAUUCAUAAAUAUAUAUAAAUAUGUAUAUAUGUGUAUAUAGAUGUGUGUGUGUGUGUGUACAAAUACAAUGUCAACGUUUCAUUCUGCAAAAGCUGCCCUCGCGAUAUGCUCAUCCGUCAGUUGUCAAUGAGGCCUCCCAGACAGCGGAACACCCAGGGUCUCAUUUAUUUCCGACGGAGUGCACAUUAGGGCUUACAUCAUUGUUAGCUGGAGAUGCCAAAGUGGUUGCUGUGCGUCGCCUGCGUUCUUCUGGCCACGGUACUUGCACUGGACGAGGUGGACAAUAAUAACCUUAAUGCCAAUGAGACUGAAAGUUCGCCGGAUGCGGAAACGGACGUCAAAUUGCCCAGCGAGGUGCAAAGGGCCGUUUGUACCGUUAAUGCUGGUGAGGUCAAGGCAUCCGCAGAAGCCGUCACCACCAAGACCUUGAAGGGUGUCUGCGGAUCGGAUGAAAUGAGUCUGGCUUUUCGCAAUCUGGAGGAGAAAUUAUUUGGGGAAUUGCGUGAAAUUAAGGAGCUGCUGGCGAAGCUAAGCGAGCUGCGGGCACAUCCAAGUGGCAGCUCCAGUCCGUUGACGUCAGUUCCCCUAAUAAAGCCAACUGUUAUAAAAAGAAUCAAGUUUGAGCAGAUAACUAUGAAGCCCAUCGAAGAGAAAAAGCAGCCGAUGCUUAAGCAAUUGGAAAACGCACCGGAGCGCGAGGAAGAGAUUGGCAGGUUUAACAAUACAAUGUUGGCGGAUCAGGACUUUCAAUUAUUCACAUAUUAUUGGAAGCUGGAAAACUUUACGGACCACAUUUCUAAUGCGUCGACCGCAACCGUCAAGAGUCCAAUGUUUAGCAUUAGAGGCAAGACACUUCAAUUGAAGUGCACAUUUCAGCAUUUGCAUCGCGAUAUGAUAAAUUUGCAGCUGGCAUUGGCAUAUCCAGCUCAUGAUCCUGGCAAGGGCAAGGAAAACAAUAUAAUGCUGGAUAUGGGCGGACAGUGGAAGCAAUUGAAAUGGACGGAUCGUGUCGCGUUUAAGCACAAAAUUGCAUUAUUGGAUCAGAAUCAGAGCCAUCGACGCACACAGGACCUCAGUUCACAGGAGUUAACCAAGCUCGAUAUGGGAUUUUCCAUACCGAAUAGCGCAAUUUUGGGCAGCAAUUAUGUAAGGCACAAUUCGCUUCUAAUACAAAUCAUUUUAUAUUUGUGAGAGGUUUACAUUUUAAUGAAAUUAAACCAAAACAAGCAACCA